AUGAUUAAAGAUGUUCCAGCCGAUGCUGAGUCCCUUCUGUCUGGAAUUUUUCAAUUUUGUGUUGAUCGAACUUUGGAACAUGCAAGAGAAAAAAACAUUGAACCUCAACAAUUAGCUUGCACUCUAACCAGUGACUUUUUAGACUAUGACAUCUGGGUUCCUUUCAGUAAUUUAUCAAAUAAUACUGUUGAUGCCAUGCUUAAUCGUUGUCAACAUAUUGCCCAGAGUAAAAAACAAGACGAAUUAUCUCUAUUUGGCGCACCUUUUUCCAUAACUGUAACAACAAUAAAUAAGAAUUCAUUUAAUAAAAGACGCCGUUUAGGAGGGGCUGCUCGUAAAAUCCCCAAAGUUCGUCAUCAAAUUAAUAAUAGGUCACUAAUCAAAUUCAAUAACCCUGACAACAUGAAUCAUUGUCUAUUUUUCGCUUUAAUCGCAUCACUUACACAAAAUAUUUGCAGCUGGCCAUGUUUAAAAUUUUUCUACUACAUAAAUAAUCUAAAGGGAAUGGCUGGUCGUUUUCAAAAAGAUACAUAUGAAUUAAUGAAUCAAAUAGGGGCUCAAAUUGGUUUGCAUGAAUAUGAUGCUGAUGAAUGGAUUCCACAUGUUGUUGAUCAUUGGAAUAAUGUUAAAUGUAUUAAUCAAUGUAUUGUUAAAAUAUUUAUAUUCGGUGACCAUGGUAAUUACCAACCUGAAUUUGAAUAUGGACCUGAGGACUACGACACUCCUAUACUUCUUUACUACAAUGAUAUUGAAAAACAUUUUUAUGCUCUCGCUGCAAAAACUGUUCACGUGUUGGACCUGAAUUUCCAUGUCAACCCGACAACAUUUUCUUCAAAAAUUGUAAUUUAUGUUUUAAAGAUUUUAAAAACAAGGAUUGUUACGAACAACAUUUAA